AUGAGUUUCAAGGUGCGAGUCGGGCCCAUCCAGUCCCCAAAGGUGCCUAUCGCCGAGCGACAGCGCGUGCUACAAACGUGGGGGAUCUCUAGCAGUGAGACGCUGGAGAAGCUGCGUGUGGCUACCCCCGGCCUCUCGUACGUCUCGGUAGCGUCGCCUGCACUUUUCGCCGAGGUGGCUCAAGCCCAAGGUAGCAGCAGUGACCAGCUCGUCGCCGUGGCAAGAGUGUCCAGUGACGCGCAUGACCUGCUGGAGCGCGUUGAGGUUCUAGUGCGAGGCUCCAACCGCCUCCUUAUCGGCUUCGACCCGCGUCCGCCUCGCGGGUGGCCGGUUCAAGAGCCAACUGAGCCUGGCAAGCACCUGCUGACAGAAAUCUUCGUGCGCGAAGGCUCCGAGCUCCGCAACGUCAGCGCGUUUGGCAGCGGGUCCCUUGUGGUGACUGGGAACGCCAACGAUCGGCCGUACGGGAAACUCAAGGUGGCAGCUUUUCGUGGGAGUCGAGUGUUCGUGACGCAGGAGCAAGGAUUCCGAGUCGGCAGGAUGUCCUUGUUUGCUGGUGGACGCAGUCAGCUUUACUUGUCAACCUCGGAGGUGGUGGCGAGGGAUCGCAUUCGCGCGGCAGCUUCAGGAGGACGCUGGGGUGGUUCCAGUAUCAUCGUGCAGACGUCUAAGCUCUCCACCCCGAGUUUUGGAGCGGCUGUGGCUGGAUCGGGGAGUAUUCGCGUCGCGUCUGGCUCGGAUGAAGGCGACUGUCGCUGUGGAACGCAGUCGCUUGUUAUCGCAGGCAGCGGCAGUAUUGACACAGGUGAUAUCACGUCGAAGUCUGCGCGUGUAGGUAUCAUUGGUUCGGGUUCGGCGACGCUGCAGACGACGGAGAGGCUAGCUGUGGGAACACUGGGCACUUCCGCGAGAGUGAACUACCUCGAACCUGGACCGGAGCGCGUGCGAGGAAGCACCUCGUCACUUCGAGCGCUGACUGCGGCUGCUAAGGCGCAGCACGAUGAAGAGCGAGCGGUGAUAGCAGCUGCAACAACAACACCGACGCGAGAAAGCGUCUUCGAGGACACUGGAAGUGAUAUCAACCGCUGGUGGUGGGCUCCCUGCGGCCCACACCGAUUCCAUCAAAGGCAAGCGCUGGCGCGACGAGUACGCGUACUGAUGCUGGUCAUUCAAGGCAAGGGGGUUGAUGUAACGCCGAACGACGAGCUCAAAUUCUUGAUCCGCACUCAAGCCAACAAGGGAACGAGCGCAUUUCCACAUUCCAUUGUGUGUUCUUGCUGA